AUGAAUAGCCUGUCCUUGUCCUUCAAGAAGCCUGAUGCCUGGCAUUCCACCAGAUUCCUACCAGCUGAACACUUGCUUGUGCUCUGCGACGAUGACUGGGACGACGAGUGGGACGACAGCUCCACGGUGGCGGAUGAGCCAGGCGCGCUGGGCAGUAGCGCGUACCCGGACCUCGAUGGCUCGUCGUCUGGGGGUGGCGGCGCGGCCGGCCGCUACCGCCUGUCCACGCGCUCCGACUUGUCACUGGGCCCCCGCGGUGGCUCGGCGCCCCCGCAGCACCAUCCAUCGGGGGCCAAGAGCUCAGCCACCGUGAGCCGCAACCUCAAUCGCUUCUCCACCUUUGUCAAGUCGGGCGGGGAGGCCUUCGUGCUUGGCGAGGCAUCAGGCUUCGUGAAGGACGGAGACAAGCUGUGCGUGGUGCUGGGGCCCUAUGGCCCCGAAUGGCAGGAAAACCCUUACCCCUUCCAGUGCACCAUCGAUGACCCCACCAAGCAGACCAAGUUCAAGGGCAUGAAGAGCUACAUCUCCUACAAACUGGUUCCCACGCACACGCAGGUGCCGGUACACCGGCGCUACAAGCACUUCGACUGGCUGUAUGCACGCCUGGCAGAGAAGUUCCCGGUUAUCUCGGUGCCCCAUCUGCCCGAGAAGCAGGCCACUGGCCGCUUUGAGGAGGACUUCAUCUCCAAGCGCAGGAAGGGCCUGAUCUGGUGGAUGAACCACAUGGCCAGCCACCCGGUGCUGGCGCAGUGCGAUGUCUUUCAGCACUUUCUGACUUGUCCCAGCAGCACCGAUGAGAAGGCCUGGAAACAGGGCAAGAGGAAGGCGGAGAAGGAUGAGAUGGUGGGUGCCAACUUCUUCCUGACCCUGAGCACACCCCCUGCCGCUGCCCUCGACCUGCAAGAGGUGGAGAGCAAGAUCGAUGGCUUCAAGUCCUUCACCAAGAAGAUGGACGACAGUGCGCUGCAGCUCAACCACACGGCCAACGAGUUUGCACGCAAGCAGGUAACGGGCUUCAAGAAGGAGUAUCAGAAGGUUGGCCAGUCCUUCCGUGGCCUCAGCCAGGCCUUUGAGCUGGACCAGCAGGCCUUCUCGGCCGGCCUGAACCAGGCUAUCGCUUUCACCGGAGAUGCCUACGACGCCAUUGGCGAGCUCUUCGCGGAGCAGCCCAGGCAGGACCUGGACCCUGUCAUGGACCUGUUAGCGCUGUAUCAGGGGCACCUGGCCAACUUCCCCGACAUCAUCCACGUUCAGAAAGGAGCUCUUACCAAAGUAAAGGAGAGUAGGAGACACGUGGAAGAAGGGAAGAUGGAGGUCCAAAAGGCUGACGGCAUCCAAGAUCGCUGUAACACUAUUUCUUUUGCCACCUUGGCUGAAAUUCACCACUUCCAUCAAAUUCGAGUAAGAGACUUUAAAUCACAGAUGCAGCAUUUCUUACAACAACAAAUACUAUUUUUCCAAAAAGUGACGCAGAAGUUGGAAGAAGCUCUUCACAAAUAUGAUAGUGUUUAAUGACUGGACAUUGGAUUGUGGACUUUUUUCAGUUCAAGGAUAAUUUCGACAGCAGAAUAAAAACUGCUAUCAAAGAGCUAUUGCCAACUAUCAGUGGUGGUACAAGGAUGGUUUUGUGUUAACUGAAACUCGGCUGAAUAUAUAAUUAUGUAGGAAAGAAACAGUUAAUAUGGUUAUAUAAUAGAAACAGUACCACACAUUGUAACUAAAUUAUACUAUGUAUGCCUACACUACCAUUGUAACUUUUGGAAUAAUGAUUAUACUAUUUGCCUUAUUGCUUUUUGAAGUAUGGGUAUUUUAGUGUAGACCUCAAAACCCAUGAAGGGUCUCAAAGAAGCUGGCUGGAUAAAAGCCUGCUGUGGAUGCCUUUUUACUCUCAUAGAUUGGAAUUACCUAAAUUCAACCUGUUCUCUGUUUACAAACUCCAACUAGAGCAGCUAUGCGACUUUGUGCCUUUAGACUCUUGGUUUUUCAUUUCUCCACCCUCUCCCCCUUUUUUAAGUAACCACAACUUUUCUGAUUGAAAGAGUGAAAGGCCAGUGCAUACAAUGACAAACUGCUGGUAACUUCACAUUGGCACUGGGGGCGGGUGGAAGGAUCCGCUGUCAUCAGUUUGCACAGCAAAUUUUGUCUCCUUACACAUGCUGGUGAGUGCAGCAGAGGGAGAUUCAAUUGUCAUCUUGAAAUAUGAAGUCUAUUAGGGAAGAAAAUGGUGCCACUCUUUUCCCUUUAGAUGAUACAGUAGCAUAGCCUCUUCACGCAAGUGUCCUGGAAACUUGGUGUGGAGAUUUAAAGGAACAUGUCUUAUAACAUGGAGGAAAAGGAGUUUAAUCAGUCGGGGACACAAGCACAGAAUCAGUGAGGACACAGACUCGGUUUUACUUCUUAGGAAGGUUUUCUUUUGUUUUUUUAGCUUGAAGAUUUAUUAUUCAGUGCGAUUUUUUUUUUUUUUUUUUAAUGGAUUACACUGUUAACUGAUUGACACUCCACUGUGAUUCACUCGUUUACUUAAUCAGAUACUUUUCAGGGAUGUCUAUAAAAUUCAGUGUUAUACGUGAUGAAAAGUAGUGUUGAUCUAAGGAGGGACCAGAAAUAAUUUCUACUAUUCCAAAUGCUGAAAAUAAAGAGUAAUUUUUUUUUAAGUAUUGAUAAGCCCCUAGGACAUUUAACCUUAAAAAUUAUCUUAAAUAUAUUCUUGUAUUAUUAUAAGGGAAGUACAAAUGGCUGGUAAAUACCAAAAAGAUUCAAAAGCAGCUUCAUUUAAAAAGCACAAAGAGAUUCUGGCUUGAAAUGCCAAAAUCUCCAUGUUUUUUUUAUAGUUGCUGAGCUAAAUAAUGUGAUUCUUACGUUUACAGAUGUAAAAAUUGUCACUGAAAGGUUAAAGUAUCUACUGUUUUUAUAAGUCAAACUUAAGCUGCCUCAGAAAUCCCUGGGUAUUGAAACGGUAACACGGAAGUAAAGAGGUCAGUUUGAAAUACAGGUGAGUCACACUGAUUAAAGGAAAGAGUAAUUAUUGCCAUAAUUACUCAACAGCACAUUUACUCUAAAACGUAAUCUCAUAUGGGUUGAAUUUUUAAGAUCAGAAUAUUAUAAUUUUGUUCAUAAUUUUAUACCUUAGGUAACUUAGAGCCAGAUUUAACAUCAUGUGGCUUUGUCUCUACUGCAGAUAUGUGGAACUGUAACCAAAUAUAUUGUUCUCUAAAAAGUAACUUUCUCUUAUUGAUUGCAAAAUACAAUUUGAUAAACAAAACAUAUAUAAAUGUUAAUUUCAUUGCAGAAGUUUGGAGAUUAUAAUUAUAGCAUUUAAUUUAAGUUUGAGUGUAUUGGACACAUAAGCACUAUGCUUUUCAAAUGAUUUGAAAAUCAGUUUUAUUUGCCUCUUUAUUUUGAUGGUGGUUUGAUUUUUUUUUCCUAAGUAAAAUCACUAAACUUGUACAAUGGUAGCAUGGAAAUUAUCUGAGGUGUCUUGUAUGAUUGUGCUUUAGCCAGGGUGGACAUAGCUUAAAUUAUAAAAACUAAAGAUGAAGUACAAAGAAGUAUAAGUUCAUGCUGCCUAUUUAAAAAGAGAACUCUUGUUCUUCUUAACUAUAUAACAUCAUAAUGCCACUGAUUCAUAAGGGGUUUAAAUUCUGUGGGAUAAGACACCAGCAUUAUCAGUGUUCAUUUUCAACUAAGAUUUUUAUUUCUCUAACGUUCUUGGUCCUAUUGAAACAUUUCAGUAUACAGAAAUACUGCAAUGUUAGCACCCAAGAGAAAAGCCAUCAUAAUCUGUGUGCUGGUCGUUAUGAUCAGUGUGGUACAAUUUUUUUAAAUAAACUAUCAUGCCCUUCAUGCCAUUAUUUGUCUUUAUUUCUAUAAUUUAUAAUUCUGAUGAUGUAUUUAUAACAUGAGGGCAUCCACUUGAGCCUGAUUUUGCUAUUUUAAUUACAGAUGGAGUUGUUUAUGUGCUGUAACUAUAAUGCAGUGAGACUGGUUCUACAGCCCCGCGUUGUAACCCCAUUAGAAGAGACAGCUCAUCUCUUCUAGGCUGUUGUAUCUGAAGGUGCAGUUUAAAGCCAGAAUAAGGGAACACAUUUGAAAGUGAAAGAUAAAGUCAGUGCACAUUGGCUUGAACAGAGUAGUAUAGUAGUUGGGAUUUUCUUGGGCUUCAUUGAUAGUUAGUUGUCUUACAUUUAUUCAUAACAAUACAUUAGAUUCUGAAAUGCAGGUUUUUAAUUGUCUUAAAUUUUGCUGCUGUUCUCAUAAUUGAGGACUUGAAUAAUAUUUUAGUCUGUCAAGUCAAGCAUGUAAAGUGUAUGUAUAAACCUUUAAAUGUCAUUUUUAACCAAGUUCAUUGCUAUGGCCAUUUUUUCCAUUUAUGUCUGCAUUUCUUCCGAAUCUAAUACCGUCUGUGUCUGAUACCUUUAAAUCCAUAAGCAUUAUUCAAUUUUCUCAUUUCCAACCUUAUCUUUGGCUAACAGAAUAAGUAAAACAGGGUAUUAUUUAUUUAUAGACUAAAAAUGUUGAAUAUUGUUUUAUUUCCUUCAAAAUGUUAUGAUUAGUGCAGAUCAGCCAUGUUUAUUUUUUUUAAUAAACAAAGGUUGCUUUAUUUCUCA